ACUCCAUCACAACCCACGUCUCCUUUCUCUUUGCUUCCCAUUUCUCAGCUUUCUCUCUCUAAAAUUCUCUCUCAUGGCGGCUUCUUUGGCUUCCGUUCCAAUCUCAGGUGGAUCUCAUUUGAAGGCACAUGAACUUUGGUCCACAAAGCCCAAUUCAUUUGGGAAAACACCAAGGCUGACAAUUCAAAGGAAAUCGAACAGAAAUGUCCGCAAGUUAUCUGUUUGUGCAGAGCACAAUGGUGGUAAUAAAGGUGGAGGUGGUGAUUUUGUUGCUGGUUUCCUUCUCGGAGGUGCAGUGUUUGGAACUUUAGCAUAUGUGUUUGCUCCACAGAUUAGAAGAUCCCUGCUGAAUGAAGAUGAAUAUGGGUUUCGAAGAGCAAAACGACCAAUGUAUUAUGAUGAAGGCUUAGAGAAGACCAGGCAGACAUUAAAUGCAAAAAUAAGCCAACUCAAUUCUGCCAUUGACAAUGUAUCUUCACGCUUGAGAGGCGGUAAUAGUUCACCUUCAGUACCUAUUGAAACUGAUCCCGAAGUCGAAGCUACAAUGUGAGAUUUUCUUCUGUUUGCUAAUGUCUUCAGCUUGUUUGAGUUUCAAAUCAACUGGUUAAAUCUUGAUAUGGACAAUGAAUUUUGAACUUUGAAAGAUCACAUAGUGCUGUAAAUUGAAUCUGCAACAAUUUGUUCUUGUCAUUAAUUUGCUUGAGGUUGCUUUCUUAAGUUUUGUCUACAAAUUUUCAGUGCAAUAGUCAGCAUAUUUGAAGCUGCAUAAACAGAUUGUUCCUUUUA